AUGGGCGGUGCAAAAGGCAGAGGAAGUGAUUUUCAAAAUUUAUUUAUCUCGAUGUGAAUAUACUAUUUACAGAGGUCGCAAAAACUAAAACUAGUGGUAAGACAAAAAGAAGUGGCAGGAAAUCGCGAAACAAAUCUAAAUCGAAAAGCGGGAAGUUUUCAAAGAAUAAAAAUUCAAAAACCAGAAAAACGAAAAAGAGCAAAAAGAGUAAAAAGAAAGGAAAAAAAUCAAGUAAGAAAAAAGGCGAAGGUGGUGGCGAAGGAGAAGGUUUUACUUUUUCUGAAAAAAUUCUAACGACAUCUUUUAGAAGGGGGAGGCACUGCGAUCACAUUUCAACCAAACUUUGAAAGUGGGGAGCUAAUUUGCCUCGUAAUGAUUCUUCUUUACAGUGGUUCCCCGGUUCAACCUGAAGAAAAGAGCAAAAGCUUACGCGAAGCAACAAGCGAUGCAUGAACUGAAAGUAAAGUUUUUUCUUGACUUAAGGAAUUCUUUUUGGAGCUGAAACUAGAGGGCCGUGGGAAAGACGGAAAUUUGGCUGCUUUGAGCAAACCCGAGCGUCGAAUGAAGCUUUUUGUGGACAACGACGAGGUUUUGAACUAGUUAAAUAGCAAAAAAUCCAAUUUAUAUCAGCCAACAGACCCGAACGCUGGGCCAUUCAAAUCGAAACGAUUCGGUGCCAUUUUUCUUCUGCCUGCGGAAUGA